AUGAGCAUCUCAGCUCUUGGAGGAAGCAGCAAAGGGAAGCCUCUCCCAGCAGGCCAGGAGGAGCGCAAUACUGUCCUCAAGCAGAUGAAGGUCCGCACCACGUUGAAGGGGGACAAGAGCUGGAUCACCAAACAGGAUGAAUCGGAGGGCCACACCCUUGAGCUGCCCUCCUGCCGGACUCGUACCACCUCGCUUUCAUCAGUUGGGGAGGUUCCGAAGGCCAGGCCCCUGAGCACAAGGGCUCCCACGGGCUAUAUAAUCCGUGGAGUGUUCACCAAGCCUGUGGACAGCUCGUCCCAGCCUCACCAGCACUUCCCCAAGGCCAAUGGAGCUCCAAAAAGCAUGGCCAGUCUGGGGAAAGCAGGUCCCACUGGCCCUCCCCGCCCUUCCUCCUCUGGCUACAAGAUGACCACGGAGGAUUACAAGAAGCUGGCCCCCUACAACAUCAGGCGCAGCUCAGCAUCAAGAGCUGCUGAAGAGGAGGAGGUGCGCUUCUCUUCUGAUGAGCAGAAACGGAGGUCCGAGGCUGCCAGCAGUGUGGUGAGGAAGACAGCUCCUCGGGAGCACUCCUACGUCCUGUCAGCGGCCAAGAAGAAUGCCCGCAGUCCUGCCCAGGAGACACUGGCCCCGUUCAUUGCCAAGAGGGUUGACGUGGUGGAUGAGGAUGGGUCUUCUGAGAAAAGCCAGGACCCACGUGCUCUGACAAGAUUCCCUGCUGGCUCAAGCAGUGCAGACAGGGGCAGAGCCAAAGUGUCACGGGCCAUUUGGGUGGAGCUCAUGCUGAGCCCAGCAACUCUCUACCUCUCCUUUGGCUGCAGUGCAAAAGGCGAGGAGACUGUCCACCUACAGAUCACAACACCUGGGGCAGGACUCCAUCUGCUGACGCCACACCUGGAAGAAAUGAGGUCUUCCUCAGGUUCCAAAGACAAAGAGAUCCCUCACCCCAGAGAGCCCAAGAGAAACUUGACUAGUGAAGGAGCCUUCAGGAGCCCUGAUGCAGACUCUGAAAGAUCAAGUGCACAGUCAAGUGAUGGCAACACGGGAUUGGAAGCCAUGGGCUCCCCAGCUGAAGACUUGGUUGGAGCAGACGUCAGCUCUGGGAAAGGAGGGCCGUGCUCACCUGCUGGCUUCACCCCUCUCCUGGAUGAUCAGGAGGUGCCCAGUGCCAACUCACAACCUUGCAAGCCUGCACCAGCAACCAUCAGCUCUGAUGCCAUUUCGGCCUCUGCUGUCCUGCACAACAGGAAGAGCAACAGCCUGGCAGACCUGGAGGAUGUGGAGACAAAUCCAAAGGGCACCUUGGUGGUUUUUGAGGAGAAGAAUGUGGUCACCAGGGUGGGAGAGACGUGGCAGGGGAGGCCCGGAGUCCUGCAAGAUGAUCAAGGAGACCCAGUUGUACCCACCCAGCAGUGCACAGACCCCAGCACCUCGGAGCAGAGCAGCCCCAGAAAUCCUGAGCAGCGCCUGGAAGUGGACAGCCCGGCCAACAGCACCUUGGUUGUUUUUGAGAAGGAUGUGGUCACCAACGUGGGAGAGACAUGUCAGGGGAGGCCUGGAGUCCUGCAAGAUAAUCAACAAGACCCAGCCGUACCCACCCAACAGAGCACAGACCCCAGUACCUCAGAGCAGAGCAGCCCCAGAAAUCCUGAACAGUGCCUGGAAGUGGACAGCCUGGCCAACAGGAUGAGAAACCCCUCGGGCUGUAUGGUCUCUGUUCCCAGGCCUGCCCCUUCUGAGCAGCAUCCUAUUCACAUGCCAGCCUCCCCAAGUGAACUGGAGCCCAACUCAAACAGCAAAGGGAUUCUCUUUGUGAAGGAGUAUGUGAAUGCUGGUGAGGUAUCUUCCAGGAAGCCACUGUCUUCAUUCUAUGGCAGCACAGGCGGCAAUGAGGACUCCUGCAGCGUGGAGAAGAAACUCUCAUAUGAUGGUACUCUGUACUCUGAGAGAACAAGUGGAGGGAUCUGUACUUACUGCAACCGGGAGAUCCGAGACUGUCCAAAGAUCACCCUAGAACACCUUGGCAUCUGCUGCCAUGACUAUUGCUUUAAGUGUGGGAUUUGCAGUAAACCAAUGGGUGAGCUUCUGGAUCAGAUCUUCAUUCACCGUGAUACCAUCCACUGUGGGAAAUGCUAUGAGAAGCUGUUCUAG